CCCUUCACAUACCAGGAUAUUUAUAAGCAUAUUUUACCAUAAAUAAUGUGACACAAAAUCUGUGUAACUCUUAAUGUUUGUGAUGUCACAGGAUGGUGUUAUGGUCCCAUUUACCAAAGAGGAAUGUGAAGGGCAGAAGCACAGUUUAAAACAGGUUGGAAAGAAAUUUGUGUUUACAAUUAAAGGUUUGGGUAAAGAUGAUGCUGGACUCUACUCAGUGGAUGUUGGAGGAUGCAACGUUUUCUCCACAAAUUUAAAAGCACCAGACGUUGAGUUUGCAGUCAAAAUCCAAGAGGUCAAGGCAGAGGAGAGAGGAGAUGCCAUGUUCCAGUGCGUCCUGACAGCCCCAUAUGAUGAACUCAAAUGGUUUGGUAAAAAGGCUCCACUUAGCCAUGGGGAGAAGUUUGAAAUUACCAUGUCAGAGGAUAAGCUCAUCCACACACUCAUCAUAAGAGACUGUGCUCCUUUGGAUGGUGGUAUCUACGCAGCUGUGGCAGGAGUCAGGUCCUGCAAUGCCUGGCUCAUAGUGGAAGCUGACAAAGACCCCAAAGGCAAAAAAGGAGAACGCAAAACCACCAUGGCAGGAGCCCUCAAUGCAGAGGAACUGGCGAGAAUAGCUAAAGAACAGCAAGAACGAUAUGAGAAAGAGAUGGCUGAGAAGAUUGAGAAGGCCAAACAGGCUCAGGCUGAGCAGGAGGUGGCAGAUGCAGCAGCCAAACUGGAAGCUGAAGAAGCAAAGAAGCAAGCAGCUGAAGCUAAAGCAGCAGCACUGGCUGAAGCUAAGGCUGAAGCUAAAGCUAAGAAGGCAGCCAAGAUCGCAGCUGCCCGAGCUGCCAAGGAGGAAGCUGCCCGGCGGAGGGCAGGUGGUGGAGGCGAGGGGGGUACUGGUGCAGAUAGGGCUGCUGGAGCAGCAGGAGAAGGAGAACUUGAUGGUGAACUUGACGAUGAAGAGUUAUCUGAUUCUGAAAAAGAGCAUGAGGGAGCAGGGGGAGGAGCUGCUGGGGAUGGAGCUGGUGGAGCAGACAGUGCAGAAGGAGAAGAAGGAGAAGGAGGGGACGGAGAGGAGAAAGGCAAAGGAAAACGUAAGAAGAAGAGAGCCGGUCCACUGGUCCCAGACACUGUCAUAGGAGAUGAUGAUGAGGAUAUAGAUGAGGAAACUGCUAAACAACAAGGAAAAGCUGCAAGAAAAGGAAAACGUGCCAAAAAAAGGCUUGAGGAGGCUGAAGCCGCAGCAGUGGGAGAUGAGGAUGAGGAUAUAGAUGAUGAAACUGCUAAACAACAAGGACAGGAUGCAAGAAAAGGAAAACGUGCCAAAAAGAGGCUUGAGGAGGCUGAAGCCGCAGCAGCAGCAGUGGGAGAUGAUGAUGAGGAUAUAGAUGAUGAAACUGCUAAACAACAAGGAAAGGAUGCAAGAAAAGGAAAACGUGCCAAAAAGAGGCUUGAGGAGGCUGAAGCCGCAGCAGCAGGAGCAGGAGCAGUGGGAGAUGAUGAUGAGGAUAUAGAUGAUGAAACUGCUAAACAACAAGGAAAGGAUGCAAGAAAAGGAAAACCUGCCAAAAAGAGGCUUGAGGAGGCUGAAGCUGCAGCAGCAGGAGCAGUGGGAGAUGAUGAUGAGGAUAUAGAUGAUGAAACUGCUAAACAACAAGGAAAGGAUUCAAGAAAAGGAAAACGUGCCAAAAAGAGGCUUGAGGAGGCUGAAGCCGCAGCAGCAGCAGAAGCAGGAGCAGUGGACCCGGGAGUGCACUUUCAUGCUGGGCUUUCUGACUGCAAAGCCAUUAUGGGAGAAGCAGCAGAGCUGGAGUGCAAACUGAGCAGUGAGGAAUGUAAAGGAAUCUGGUACAAAGAUGGAGAAGAGAUUAAAGAGGAUAGGGAAGGUGUCACUAUCACUCAAGAGGGAAGUUUCCACAGGUUGAAAAUCCACAAAGUUACAGAGGAGUUUGGCGGGAAAUAUAAAUUUGAAGCAGAUGGACGCAAAACAGAGGCCAUGAUUGUGGUGGAAGACCCACCCAGAUUUGUAGCUGAAGAUCUGGAAACAUUUAAAACACCGGUGACUGUUAAAAAGGGUCACAAGGCCACCUUUAAACUGCCCUUUGUCGGCCGGGAACCAAUCAAAGUACAGUGGUACUUGGAGGGAGAGGAGCUGUCCGACGAUUCCAACAUCAAGAUUGAGCACACUGAAGGCUGCUCCCGCCUCCUUCUGACCAAACUCCAACGCAAAGACAGUGGUGAAGUUAAAAUCAAACUGAAAAAUGAGUUUGGCACAGUGGAAGCCUUGAGCGAACUCAUUGUGCUAGAUAAGCCCACUCCACCAAUGGGACCUCUGGAGAUCGUUGAGGCCACCGCUUCUGUGAUUGAUUUCAAGUGGAGACCCCCAAAAGACAGUGGGGGCUGUAAAAUUGACAAUUACAUCCUUGAACGAAACCAAGUCGGCCGUAACACAUGGAAGAAACUGGGCCCCAUCGGUCCUGAGGCCAAGUACAGGGAUUCUGACGUAGACCACGGUAGGAGGUACUGCUAUCGCAUCAGGGUGGAGACGGAGAUGGGAACCAGUGAACUGAUGGAAACUGAGGAUAUUCAAGCAGGCACAAAAGCUUAUCCUGGACAGCCUUCAGCACCAAAAGUCGUCAGUGCUUUUAAGGAUUGCAUCAAUCUGACUUGGUCUCCUCCCGCAAACACUGGGGGCACUAAUAUUUUGGGAUACAACCUUGAAAAACGCAAGAAGGGCAGCAAUCUGUGGAGUGCGGUGAAUAAACCUGAUGAGAUGAUCCGAUCAGCCAAGCUAUGUCCUGUGAAAGAUGUGGUUGAAGGAAUGGAGUAUGAGUUUAGAGUGGCUGCCAUCAACAACUCUGGAGCAGGAGAGUUUAGCGUUCCAUCUGAGUUUGUCUUUGCCAGAGACCCCAAAAAGCCUCCUGGUAAGGUCCUUGAUUUCAAAGUGACAGACUCCACCUACACAACACUGUCCCUGUCAUGGACCAAACCCAAAGACAUCGAGGGAGAGGAGGAUGAAGCCAAGGGGUAUUUUGUGGAAGUGAGACCUGCAGAAAACACAGACUGGGACCGCUGUAACACAAAUGCUAUCACCAUGACAUCCUACACUGUCAAAGGGCUCAAGUCUAUGGGAAUGUACUGGGUCAGAAUCAUAGCAACCAACGAAGGAGGAGAUGGUUUGCCACAAGAGCUGGACAACUAUAUCUUAGCUAUGCCACCACCAGUGAGACCAAGAUUCACAGAUGCAAAAAUCAAGAGUUUUAUGAUUGUAAGGGCUGGAAAUUCUGCAAGAUUCAAUAUCAAUUUUGAGGCUUCCCCUUGGCCUGAGGUUACCUGGCUCAAAGAUGGGGUCCCUGUGUCCAAGAAAGUGACCAUCAGUAAUGCAGAGGGCAUGUCCCAGCUGCUUAUCCCAUCUGCCGAGCGCUCUGAUACUGGCAUCUACACCAUCGUCGUCAAAAACAUCGUCGGACAAGAAACUUUCAGCAUUGAAAUUAGAGUCACAGAUGAGCCCAAGCCACCAGGCCCAGUGGAUCUUGAUGAAAAUGUACCAGGAACUGUCACUAUUUCCUGGUCUGCAUCUCCUGAUGAGAAGAAAGAUGACCGGCUGCACUACAUGGUGACCAAACGGGACUCACACAAAAGACAGUGGCACACAGUGGCCGACCGAAUCUUCAACAACAAAUUCACAGCCUGCAACAUCAUGCCGGGCCGAGAGUACCAGUUCAGAGUCUAUGCAAAAAAUGACAUGGGCUCUUCAAAACCAUCUGAGUCUACAAAGUGGCUUAUUCCAGCUAAAAAGGAGAAGUUCACCGUGAACCUGCCUGAAUCAAAGUCCUGUGAUCUCCAGUGCAUGCCUAAAUUUAUUAUGCCUCUGAAGAUGCAUGCAGCUCCCCAAGGCUAUGAGUGCUACAUGAGCUGUGCCAUUAAAGGAGACCCCACACCCCACGUCACCUGGUAUAGGAAUAACAUCAGCCUCAACACCAACACCAACUACUUCAUCUCCAACACCUGUGGAGUGUGCUCCAUGCUCAUCCUGCGGGUGGGGCCCAAAGACAGCGGGGAGUACAAGAUCGUGGCUGAAAACCCUCUGGGCCGGGCAGAGUGCACAACUAAACUCACUGUCAGAGAAUGAUGAGUGGCAAUUGAGGAAUGGCUCUCUAUCCAAGAUUUUGUUGAGUGAUAUGCUAUUGAAAGUUGUGCCCUUGUGAUUGUGUGCCUGCUGCCUAUAUCUUGUGCUCAUAUUUCACAAGAGCUUAACCAAAGAUGAAAGUACUGAAAAAGCCAAAGUAAAAGUACUGAUUACUUUUGAAAAGCAAAUGUGUGAAUUUAAUAAUGAUGUGAGAGCACAAGAUAUAUUGGAUGUUCAAAAUGUGAAUUAUGUGUAUGUUAGAUUAAAAUAUAUUAAAAUGUAUCCUGCAUUUUACAAAAAAUGCUUUGUUUUGGUAAAAGUAUCUUCAGUAGGUAUUACCAUUAUCAUAUUCAAUUAUCAUAUUAAGUGAACUAUGUCAUCUCAUACAAGCUAAAUGAACAUGUUUUGCUACAUUUUGGAGUGUACUUGAGUUUUCCAAAGCUGAAAGCUUUAUGUCUUUUCAUGUUGUGUUCUUGCUUUUGAAUGACCACCAUUUUUAAUGUUGUGUCUGCUCAUGGGGUCAAAAUGACAAUUUUAAAUAUUCUGCCACAAACAGGUCUUUUCAACAUAAAUGCUUUAAAAAGAAAAGUAGCACAAUUCAAGGACAUACAUGCUUAGGUUUAUGUCAAUAAUUUAUGUGUGGUCUUGUUUAACGUGUCUGUGGGGUCAGACUCCAGUCCAAGUUUAGAGUCACUGAAGAAGAGCGGGUCAACUGUUGCACCCCAGGCUAAAUCAUGGCUGUCCAGAGGAGGAUGACACCUCUCAAUUUCAAAGACAAAUGCUCAGAUUAUUGUUUAAUAAACUCUGCAAUGCAACAACUUCUGUCCUGGA